GACACCACCAUGCAAUCAAGUCAAACGACCACCCGAUUCCCUCACCAAUAAAGUACAAGCAAUCUCCCAUUAGGGUUUAGCAACUCCUCACUCUCUCUCCCCUAAAAUUUCCUAAACCACACCCCACAAUGUCCGCCGCCUCUGCUCCGCCACCGGUGGAUCAGAUGUCCGCCGUGUCCCUCUCCGACGCCGUCGAAGAGGCCAGCUUCUCUCAACGCGUCCUCAUCAAGAGCAUUAUCGGCCGCCCCGACGGCGGUGCCGGUCUCUCCGGGAAGACGGUGAGAGUCGGCGGCUGGGUCAAGACCGGUCGCGAGCAAGGCAAGGGCUCGUUUGCUUUCUUGGAGCUCAACGACGGCUCGUGCCCAGCCAACCUCCAGGUCAUGGUUGACGCCGCCGUGGCUCCGCUCAGCCAGCUGGUGGCUACCGGCACGUGCGUGCACGUGGAAGGAGAGCUGAAGUUGCCGCCGGAAGGGACGAAGCAGAGGAUCGAGCUUAGGGUUUUGAAGGUUCUCGAUGUGGGGACUGUGGAUCCGGCGAAAUAUCCAUUGCCUAAGACCAGGCUGACUCUUGAGUUUCUCAGAGACUAUGUUCAUCUUCGCCCUAGAACCAACACGAUUUCUGCAAUUGCUCGCAUCCGGAAUGCACUGGCUUAUGCAACCCACACAUUCUUUCAGAAACAUGGGUUUCUUUAUGUUCACACUCCAAUAAUCACCACUAGUGAUUGUGAAGGUGCAGGCGAAAUGUUUCAAGUCACAACCUUGAUUAAUGAUGCAGAAAAGUUGGAGAAGGAGUUGAUUAAAAAUCCUCCUCCGUCCAAAGCUGAUGUGGAAGCUGCUAAGCUACUAGUUACGAAGAAAGGAGAGGCUGUUGCUCAAUUAAAAUCAUCCAAAGCGAGCAAGGUGGAAAUUAGUGCUGCAGUUGCUGAACUAACAAAAGCUAAAGAGAAUCUCUCAAGGCUGGAAGAGAGAUUUAAGCUUAAACCUGGGAUACCUGAGAAGGAUGGGAAGAUUGAUUACUCCCAAGAUUUCUUUGCCCGACAAGCCUUUUUGACUGUUUCUGGACAGCUACAGGUUGAAACUUUCGCAUGUGCCGUUAGUAGUGUCUAUACAUUUGGUCCAACUUUUCGAGCUGAGCACUCUCAUACCUCAAGACAUCUGGCAGAAUUCUGGAUGGUGGAGCCUGAAAUAGCAUUUGCAGAUAUUGAGGAUGACAUGAAGUGCGCGGAGGCGUAUGUGAAAUUCUUGUGUCAAUGGUUACUUGACAAUUGCCUUGAUGAUAUGGAACUUAUGGUUAAGAACUUUGAUAAAAGUGCAAUUGAUCGUCUAAGAAUGGUUGCUUCAACCGACUUUGUCCGCUGCUCUUACACAGAAGCAGUUGCAAUUCUUGAGGAAGCAUCGAAAGAGAGGCAGUUUGAGAAUAAAGUGGAAUGGGGGAUUGAUUUAGCAUCUGAACAUGAAAGAUACUUGACUGAAGUGAAAUUCAAAUCUCCUGUUAUUGUGUAUAAUUACCCAAAAGGGAUUAAAGCAUUCUAUAUGAAGGUUAAUGCUGACAACAAAACUGUAGCUGCUAUGGAUGUGCUUGUACCAAAGGUGGGAGAGCUAAUUGGAGGGAGCCAAAGGGAAGACACACAUGAAGUCAUCAAGGAAAGGAUACUGGAGAUGGGGCUGCCUCUAGAGCCAUAUGAGUGGUACCUUGACCUUCGACGCUAUGGCACUGUCAAACAUAGCGGUUUUGGUUUAGGAUUUGAACGUAUGAUUCUCUUUGCCACAGGGCUUGACAACAUUAGAGAUGUGAUUCCCUUCCCCAGAUAUCCCGGAAGAGCAGAUCUGUGAUCCUAUUCCAUGGAAAUGUUGAUGCCAUGAUUUUGCAUUAUCAAUAGCUUUUCUUUUAUACCCUGUUACUGUUAUUGACAUUGUCAUCCAAAACAGAAUUUUUUAUCAAAACUAUGAUAAUCAAUUUGUUGUUCACUCUAUGGGAUGCCCAGUUUGUGUCUAUAGCGUGUAUUUGCUUUGGAUUAUUUGAUCUAUUAGGAUGUAUACCUGUUUGUUGCUUGGAUAUGGUGCCGGAUUAUGAGGGUUUCUUACUAUUUUAAUAUAAAUGGCCAUUGGUCUUCUGCUGCUGU